GCAGUUAAAAUUACCUUUAGUUCCAAAACCUCAUGCCCGUUUAAAAAAACCAAGGCGGAAUAUAACUAAAAAGGACUUUAUGCGGCGGAAGGAUUAUUACGAAAUCGACCCCGAUGAGUUCUAUGUACCGUUUCUUAAUCGAGAAGCAACCAAUCUUGAAGAUGUAUAUGUUAUAAAGGAGAUUUUCUCCGAAGAUGAGUAUUUUCAGAUUUAUUCGGAGCUAGCGGAAAUCAUAUAUUUGGACGAUUUACAUCCGUACAUACAGCAAUCUGUGGAUAAUAAAACUCUGUCUAUAGAGUUCACAGUGCUAGCUGUAUAUGCAAGUGUACUCUUAAAGUUCUUACAUGCCAGCCUUGAAGAAAUCAGAACAGGUAACUCCGAAAUUUGCCAACAUUCUAAGACAUUAUAUGAAAUCUUAUUGAAAAGGUUUACAGAACGUGUUCAGUAUGAAAAACGGACAAGUAUUACAAGGUCACGAGUAAUGAGAAAUAAAAUUGUGUGUCACAUAAUAGUAUGUACGUUGAUCUUAAAUGACUUUCAAUUUAAAAUGGAUUCUUUGUCGGAUGUGAUCGAAAGGAAGAACCAUGAACCCUUACCGACGUUGGUCAGUUUUGUUGCAGCAACAAUUGAAAAAGGGGAUGAUGGACCAAUGGUAAAGUUAAAAUUGCCCUUAGUUGUGAAACUAAAAAAUCUUACAGCGUUAGAAGAGAAUUACUGCGACGAGUUCCAUAUACUGCCGGUCAAUAGAGGAGUUACUAAAGUUAGAGGCGUAUGUCACAAAAAGAAGAUUUCGUCCAGAUAUAAGUUAAAAUUACCUUUAGAUCCUAAAGCUCGCGCACGUUUAAAAAAACCAAGCGUGACUAAAAUUAAAAAGGACUUUGUGCAGCGGAAGGAUUAUUACGAAAUCGACCCCGAUGAGUUCUAUAUACCGUUUCUUAACCGAGAAGCAACCAAGGUUGAAGAUGUAUAUGUUAUAAAUCAGAUUUUCUCUGACGAUGAGUAUUCCCAGAUUUUUUUUGAACUAGCGGAAAACAAUUAUUUGGAUGAUUUACAUCCGUACAUAAAGCAAUUUGUGGAAAAUAAAACUCUGUCUUUAGAGUUUACAGUGCUAGCUGUAUAUGCAAGUGUACUCAUAAAGUUCUUACAUGCCAGCCUUGACGAAAUCAAAAAAGGUAACUCCAAAAUUUGCCAACAUUCUAAGACAUUAUAUGCAAUCAUAUUGAAAAGGUUCACUGAACAGGUUAAAUAUAAAACACGGUCUGGGCUUUCAAGGUCACGAGCAAUGAGAAAUAAAAUUGUGUGUCAUAUAAUAGUAUGUACUUUGAUCUUAAAUGACUUUCAAUUUGAAAUGGAUUCUUUGUCGGACGCGAUAAAAGGAAACUAUAAUAAAAACUACCAAGAACCCUUACGAAAAUUGGUUAGUUAUGUUGCAGCAACCAUAGAAAUUGGGGAUGAUGAAACAAUGGUAAAGUUGAAAUUGCCGUUAGUUCCAAAAAUUCGGGCCUCUAUACCGAGAAAAUUUGCCCAAAAAAUUAUUUUGUCCAAAGAUGAAUAUGUUCAAAGUGUUCAAACAUCAAUUAUAAACGAAGACAGUGAAAUGGCAGUGCAGUUAAAAUUACCAUUAGUUCCAAAACCUCAGGCCCCCCUCAGAAAACCGAAACUGCAUAAAAUUGACAAGAAGUGCGAGGAUCAUUAUGAAAUCAAUGAAGAUGAGUUAUAUUGCGAAAUCGACCCAGAUGAGUUCUACGUACCAUUUCUUAACAGGGAAGCAACCAAUCUUGAAGAUGUGUAUGUUAUAAAUCAGAUUUUCUCUGAAGAUGAGUAUUCCCAGAUUUUUUUAGAACUAGGGGAAACCAAUUAUAUGGGCGAUUUACAUCCGUACAUACACCAAUUUGUGGAAAACAAGACUCUGUCUUUAGAGUUUACAGUGCUAGCUGUAUAUGCAAGUGUACUCAUAAAGUUCUUACAUGCCAGUCUUGACAAAAUCAAAAAAGGUAACUCCAAAAUUUGCCAACAUUCUAAGACAUUAUAUGAAAUCUUAUUGAAUAGGUUUACACAACGUGUUCAGUAUGAAAAACGGACAAAUAUUACAAGGUCACGAGCAAUGAGAAGUAAAAUCGUGUGUCACAUAAUAGUAUGUACGUUGAUCUUAAAUGACUUUCAAUUUAAAAUGGAUUCUUUGUCGGAUGUGAUAGAAAGGAAACCUGAACCCUUACCGACGUUGGUCAGAAUUGUUGCAGCAACAAUUGAAAUUCGGGAUGAUGGAACAAUGGUAAAGUUAAAAUUGCCCAUAGUUCCAAAAACUCAGGCCACUAUACUGAGGAAAUAUGCUCAAAAGAUUAAACGGAACUUGACGAAGCGGAAGGAGGAAACAGAGACUGACGAAAUUGACCCGGAUGAUUUCUAUCUACCAGCAGUUGAAGAUCACACAGAUAAGAUUUUGUCCAAAGAUGAAUAUGUUCAAAGUGUUCAAACAUCAAUUAUAAGCGAAGACAGUGAAAUGACAAUGCAGUUAAAAUUACCGUUAGUUACAAAACCUCAGGCUCCCCUCAGAAAACCAAUGCCGCAUAAAAUUGACAAGAAAUUCGUGCAGCGCGAGAGUCAUUAUGAAAUCGACCCAGAUGAGUUCUACGUACAAUUUCUUAACAGGGAAGCAACCAAUCUUGAAGAUGUAUAUGUUAUAGAUCAGAUUUUCUCUGAAGAUGAGUAUUCCCAGAUUUUUUUUGAACUUGCGGAAAACAAUUAUUUGGACGAUUUACAUCCGUACAUAAAGCAAUUUGUGGAAAACAAGACUCUGUCUUUAGAGUUUACAGUGCUAGCUGUAUAUGCAAGUGUACUCAUAAAGUUCUUACAUGCCAGCCUUGACAAAAUCAAAACAGUUCCAAAAACGCGGGCCACUAUACUGAGGAAAGAUGCUCAAAAAAUUGAACGGAACUUGAAGAAGCGGAAGGGGGGUGGUGGGGAGGAAGCAGAGACUGACAAAAUUGACCCGGAUGAUUUCUAUCUACCAACUAUUGAUAGAGAAGCAACUGAAGUUGAAGAUGUAUAUCCAGUAGAGGAGAUUUUGCCUAAAGAUGAGUAUGAGACAAUUGAUGAAGACGAAGGAUCAUUGGUAAAGUUAAAAUUACCAUUAGUACCAAAGACGGAGGACAUUAUAAAUAAAACUUCGAAACGUCAUACUGUCGAUAAAGACCUAACAGAAUACAAUGAAAAUAUGGUAGAUACAGACGACAUCAUUGAUCCAGACGACUUCUACGUACUGCCUAUUAAUAGAGACGCAACUGAACUUGAAAAUGUAUAUCUUAUAGACAAAAUUUUCUCUAAAAGUAAAUACGAGAAGAUUUACUGUGAGUUGGAAAAGAGUGAUUAUAGUGAGUAUCUACACCCAUACAUACAGUCCAUCGUGGAAAACCAGUCGCUCUCCCUGCAGUUAACAGUGCUGGCAGUUUACGCAAACGGGGACAACGGGAAAAUGGUGCAGUUAAAAUUACCAUUAGUCUCAAAAACUCGGAUCACUAGAAGAAAACGAUCUACUAAAAUCAGAAAGAUAAAAACUGCAACAUCAAGCAAGAGGAGAAAAAAGAGGUAG